AAUUUGCAAGAAGGAAAGGGCAUAAUCGUAAAACAGGCAAUGACGAAAAACUAAACAUCGGUGUGAGGGAAAGAAAGAAGCUUUGAUUGAUCGGAUAGGCCUGUACUUUUGAGCACAAAAGAAGAUAAAUGCCGCCUCCUUUCGUCUCUUACUCUGUCUUUCCUACUUCUAUCAACAGCUCUCUCUCUCUCUCUCUCUCUCUCUAGAUCUUCCUUGUUUUGGGUGCUGUGAAGAGCAAAUCUGAGGCUCUUGUUUAUCUUCUCUCUCCAUCACUUUCCUUCUCUUUCUCGCUUCUUUCACAAAAGCCAAGAUUCAAAUCUCCCAAAACCUUCAAAUUCCAUUUAUUUACGCUUUUUUUUUCUCUAUAUUGGGUAUGUUCUUCCUUCCAUCGUCAACUUAUUGUUUUGGGAGCUUGGGAUUUUAAAGGUAUUGAAAAAGCUGUUUCUUUUAGUUGCUUCUUCUUCAAGUUCUUGUCUCACUCUGCUUAGAAAUCAAGCUGAACCAGAAAAUUGAUGCUAAAAUUCCCUCAGAUUUUUCCUCUUCGUUUUAAAGUACGUCGACUUGAGCUACGUAGAAUGGUUCUCUAGGUUAAAUUCUAAGCACUACACAGCAGAACAAAAUAGAACUGAGUUAAACAGGGCAAAACAGGGGAAGAAUAGAGGAAGUUUCAAUGGAUUCAAGUACCCAUCAAAGCUACCAUAACCAAAACAACAACCAACCCAAUUCAGGGCUAUUACGUUUUCGUUCGGCUCCGAGUUCUCGUAUUGCAAAUUUCGUCGACAACCUUGAUUAUGGGGUUAACAAAGGUGGUUUCGACUCAGACAGAUUAAUAUCCAGAUUCAUGAAUUCAAGCCGCGGCGAUAGCGAAAUCGAGGAUAAAUCUGGGAUAGAGGCGGCUGUUAACUAUGCAAAUUCGCAGCAGAGUUAUUCAGGGUUACCGCCUCAUUAUCCAAGGCAGAGCUCUGCUACGAGCUCCUCUGCUAUGGAUAACUCAUAUGAGUUAUUGGGAAUGAAUCAUCACAGUCCAGGGAAACCAAUUACUUCUAGCUUAAUGAGGCAAAGUAGCUCACCUCCAGGACUUUUUGCCAACUUAUCCGUUCAAAACGGCUAUGCCAUCAUGAAAGAUUUGGGAAAAUACUGUGGGGUGAACGGUACUAAUGGAGAAAUAAGUCCAUCUUCAAACAGAUUGAAGAAUCAGAUCAGCGUCUCAUCAAGACUACCUUCUUCCUUGGGCAUGUUGUCACAGAUUUCUGAAAUUGGCAACGAAAGCAUAGGGGCUAAUAGCCCUGGUGAUGGUAAACUUGGAAAUAGCAACAGUGAUGCUCGAUUCUAUGGCGCUGGAUACCAAUAUGGUUCUUUGAAUGAUUCUGCAAACUUCACAGAGAAUUUUUAUGGCUUGAAAAGGACACGAGAUAAUGACCGGAAGUUCUUUUCCUCUACCCAGAAUGGAGAUCUUCGAAGUCGUGUUCAUGUAUUAUCUCACCACUUGAGUCUGCCAAAGACUUCAAAUGAAAUGGUUGCCGUGGAGAAGUUUCUACGUUUUCAAGAUUCAGUCCCUUGUAAGAUUAGAGCUAAGCGUGGUUGUGCUACUCAUCCCCGAAGCAUUGCAGAAAGGGUUAGAAGAACCAGGAUCAGUGAACGGAUGAGAAAGCUACAAGAGCUUGUCCCCAACAUGGACAAGCAAACAAACACAGCAGUCAUGUUAGAUUUGGCAGUGGAGUACAUCAAGGAUCUUCAAAAACAGUUCAAGACUCUUAGCGACAAUCGUGCAAACUGCAAGUGCUUGAAUAUCCAGAAGCCAGUCGCUAAUCAAAUUGUAUGAUUUGCUUUGCUUCUGUACGUAAGAUGAGGAAAGUAAUGGAGAGAAGGGUACAGAAUUUUGGUAUGCUUGAAUUAUUGCUCUUUUUUUGAUGUGGUGAACCAAGUAUGACGAAACUUUGAGAUUUUUUUUUUCCUUUUUGUGAUGUAAAAAGUUUGGGUGCAUCCAUUUCCAUCACAAGAUUCCAAUCCUGUAAGCUAAGAUAGCUUCCCGGUUGAAGGAAUAUGGAAUAAAGAGAAAAUUGAAUAGGAAAA